UCAGUUCCUCACCUCACAACUCCCCUCAUCCCUCUCUAGAGUGCGAUCUGCCCCCCUCGGCUGGAGGCUCAGGUUUAUCUGGAAUCAAGGUGAAAGCCAUUCAGGAGCCGCGCGCUAUAAGGUGAAGGAGGGGUCCUUCACGAAGCCGGGGGGAGAGCGAGCGAUAAGGACUGGUAACGGGGUUUGACUUUUUCUGCGUCAAUUCUGAUUUGAGGGGCGAGCGGGAAGCCAUGUCUAUAUUCUCAGCUCUCGGGCUGCUUUUGCUGUGCCAGCUUUUGGCAUCAUCUACAGCCCAGAGACCCGGCCCACGAGGAGCAGUCGGGCCGCCGGGACCCCCGGGACCCGCAGGGAAGGAUGGUACUGACGGCAAAGAUGGCCCUGCUGGACUUUCAGGGAAAGCUGGACCCAAGGGGAAAGCAGGGGCAGCAGGAGGACCAGGGAACCCAGGCCUGCCCGGCCUCCCAGGGGUGGACGGAUUGACAGGUGCUGAUGGGCCUGCAGGGAAGGACGGUCCUCCAGGGGAGUUGGGCGAUGCUGGACCUCCCGGGCCAGGUGGACCUCCUGGCAGAGGGAGACCGGGAGCUCCAGGGCCACCAGGAGCCAAUGGGCUUGCGGGCGGAAUCGGGCCACAGGGACCAGCAGGCCCUGAGGGUCUUGCAGGAUUGGCUGGGCCUCCCGGCCCUGACGGACCCCCAGGUCUUCCUGGGGCUCUCCCUGAUGGCAGUGGAGAUCUGUUGUGUCCUGCCAUCUGCCCUCCUGGCCCCUCCGGCCCUCCAGGAAUGCCUGGAUUCAAGGGUCACACAGGACACAAAGGAGAUAAGGGAGAGCUCGGGAAAGACGGCGAGAAGGGUUAUGCUGGCCCAUCUGGUCCUCCAGGUAUUCCCGGCACUGUGGGCCUGCAGGGUCCUCGUGGUUUGAGGGGACUUCAGGGCCCGAUGGGGGCAGUAGGAGACAGGGGUUUACCUGGUUUCCGAGGCAAACCUGGUAUUGCUGGCAUCAUUGGCAAGACAGGUGAUGUUGGAGAGAAAGGACCAGAGGGAUUUAGAGGGCCAAAGGGCGAGAUUGGCAAAAUUGGUCCAAAGGGAGUUCCCGGGGGAGCAGGACCCAAAGGGGAGCCUGGCAUCCCUGGCAGAGACGGGAAAGAUGGCACCCAGGGACUGGAUGGCGAGAAGGGUGACGCCGGACGGAAUGGGGUACCCGGUGAGAAAGGACCCAACGGCCUUCCUGGUUUACAAGGAAAGGCUGGCGCAAAGGGAGCCACAGGAGGAGUUGGCGACCCAGGAGAGAUGGGAGAGGCAGGGCCGUCUGGAGAGCCAGGUAUUCCUGGCGACAUCGGUAUCCCAGGAGAGAGGGGCGAGGCGGGACCCAGAGGAGUGGCUGGGGGCAUCGGACCAGUGGGCAACAUCGGGGUUCGGGGCAGCAAAGGCUUCCAGGGAAUAAAGGGGGCUCUGGGGGACCCUGGCCUUCCCGGACCAACCGGAAUCCGCGGCGGAUUUGGUGAGAGGGGUCCAGUCGGAGCAUCAGGCCCUAAAGGAGACGUGGGUGUGGCAGGAGCUGAUGGUUUGCCUGGGGAGAAUGGAGAACCUGGUCCAUUUGGUCCAGUUGGCCAAAAAGGAGAGUCUGGGAAGCGUGGAGAGCUGGGACCCAAGGGCGUGGUGGGACCACAGGGAGAGCUCGGAGCCAGAGGGGUUCCUGGGAAACCAGGCCUCAUGGGCUUUCAGGGUGAACAGGGUCUGUCCGGAAUCGCGGGCAAGAUUGGUGUUCCCGGUAAACUGGCAAGCGAACAGCACAUCAGAGAAUUGUGUGGAUCUAUGAUUGAUGAUCAGAUUGCAAAGCUGGCUUCCAACCUCAGAAGACCCCUGUCCCCUGGCCAAGUGGGUCGCCCCGGCAUUGCCGGACGUCCAGGGAAGCCAGGCGAGACUGGGUCUAUCGGUCACCCCGGCUCCCGUGGACCUCCUGGCUACAGAGGGCUGCCUGGAGACCUAGGAGACCCCGGUCCCAGAGGUGAUCUUGGUGAACAGGGUGACAAGGGACCCAUUGGAAAAGCCAUCGAAGGGCGCAUUGGAGACCAAGGAGAUCAAGGAAUUCCAGGAGUAUUUGGAAUCGUCAAAGACGGGCGUGACGGAUCCCCAGGAGAUCCAGGAGAACCCGGAGAGGCAGGUAGGACAGGAAGGACCGGGCACUCGGGCUCCCCAGGAAUCUGCGACACUACCGCCUGCCAGGGGGCAAAUGUCCAUGGGAAAACCUCCAAUCCCAAGAACCAUUAAACAUUACCUCCCUCAUUCCCGGAACUAGCCACCCCUGGGAGGAGAAAAGAUGAGGAAGAGAUGGAGGAGAGGAGAGAGACGAGUCACAUAAUGUCCUCUUUAAAUGUAUUUAAAACAAGACGGGAACAGUAACGACAGAUUUAUUUUGAGGAACUGAAGAACAUCCCAAGAGUGUUAAAAGAAGGAAAACAGCAGUUUGGGAAAACAAAGAAACGAACUGAGACUAAAAAUCUAGACUCCACCCAUCCAUGAAGUGGACAAAGCUGAGUAAACAUUUGACAGGAGAGCUAGAAAACACCAGCAUUGCUCCAAAUACCAUCAAAAGAGAAUUUAAACAACUGAAAAACAACUUUUACUGGAAAAGUGCUUAUGGGCCAUUAUUUUUCAAAAUCAUUUAUGUGUGUAAAAGUAUGUACUUAUGUUCUUUCACUCCCUAAACAUCUUGCGUCACAUAUCCCCCUAUGGAAGAUAAGUCUCCAAAACACUACAACCGUGAUUGUCCUUGCAGUGAAUAUGUAUGUGUCAAGGUCCUUUCUGCAUAGACCGCGGGUGUUACCUCACAAGACAAGCUUACGAAAUGUAAAAUAGGAAGAUAUGUGCCAGUGAGCAAAGUGAAGACUGCCAAGGCGCUUUGUGUGUACCGCAACAGGCAAUGAAGAAACCUAAGUGCCCAGAUAUUUUGUAUAUUGAUGCAACCACAGUAUCUUCCAACUCUUGAUAGAUUCGGGUUUUUUUUUAAUCAGUUUGUAAAGUUUUUUUUUAAUUCGUUUCACUUUUCAUGAUUACAUGUUUGAUUUUAAAAUCUCCCCUUCCAAUAUGUUUUGAAAAUAAAUACAGUUGUGGAUGCAUUAGAAAUUGUAAUUGUAGAAUAACACAAUUUGUGUUCUUUAUCUUUUUAAUUUUGCAAUGACCACAUCCACUAUAUACCGGUGCUGUAACUAUUAAAUAUACAUGACUUUAAAUACUAUUUAUUAUUUGUGGGUGACUGUUGUAUGUACAGUAAGAUGCUACAGCACCAUGUUGUAAGAAAUAACAAAUAAAGCCACUUUUCAGUAAAA